AUGCCUAUCGGAAAACUAGAACAAUUCGAAUUAGAUUCAAAAGAGUGGCCAGCGUAUAUACGACGCGUUAAACAAUACAUGUUAUUAAACGAAGUGAAAGAGGAGUUUAAAGUAUCACUGUUAAUAACGGUAGUCGGGAAGGCGACUUAUUCGCUUAUGUGUGAUUUGUGUUCUCCGAGUCACCCGGAAACAAAGUCAUUCGACGAAUUAGUUAAACUUGUGAGUGAACAUCUGGAGCCACAGCGAUCCGAGAUCGCCGAGCGCCACGUAUUUCGUCUCCGGCGACAGCGCACCGGCGAACCGUUGUCAGAAUACCUACAGUGCUUAAAACACUUAGCGACCACUUGUAAUUUUGGAACUACAUUGGAGGAAAAUUUACGUGACCAAUUUGUUUCCGGCCUGGCUAGUGACGCGAUGAGGUCGCGUAUUUUUGCCGAGCGAAAUAUUAAAUACCGAGAAGCAGUCGAGUUGGCUAUGGCUCUAGAGGCUGCUGAGAGGCACGCGGAGGUGAGCGGGUCGAGAACGUCGACAGGGACCUCGGGUGCGGGCAGCGACGCGGCGGGCGAGGGCCUGCAUGCAGCGAGCGCGCGGCGCGCGCGGCCCGGCGGCGGCGGCGGCGGCGCAAGCACCGAGGGCUGCGCUGCGCAGCGUCGACGCGCAGCUGCGGUGUUGGCGGUGCGGGCGCGGACAUCGCGCGGA